GUGCGAUAUUAACCCGGGAGGCGGCGGCGGGGAGGGGAGAGGCUCUGAGAGGCGAGGCCGGGUGAGGCGGCAAGGGCGGCCCGACGGGCGCGGGACGGGACGGGGCAGCGCGGGCGCCGGGAGCCGCGGCCCGGAGUCGGGGCGCUUCGCCCCGGGCCCCCCAGCAUGAAGACCCCGGCGGACACAGGGUUUGCCUUCCCGGAUUGGGCCUACAAGCCAGAGUCGUCCCCUGGCUCGAGGCAGAUCCAGCUGUGGCACUUUAUCCUGGAGCUGCUACGGAAGGAGGAGUACCAGGGCGUCAUCGCCUGGCAGGGGGACUACGGGGAAUUCGUCAUCAAAGACCCUGAUGAGGUGGCCCGGCUGUGGGGCGUCCGCAAGUGCAAGCCCCAGAUGAAUUACGACAAGCUGAGCCGCGCCCUGCGCUAUUACUAUAACAAGCGCAUUCUGCACAAGACUAAGGGGAAACGGUUCACCUACAAGUUCAAUUUCAACAAACUGGUGCUGGUCAAUUACCCUUUCAUUGAUGUGGGGUUGGCUGGGGGUGCGGUGCCCCAGAGUGCCCCGCCAGUGCCGUCGGGUGGUAGCCACUUCCGUUUCCCUCCCUCGACGCCCUCCGAGGUGCUGUCCCCCACCGAGGACCCCCGCUCACCACCGGCCUGCUCUUCAUCCUCAUCCUCCCUCUUUUCUGCUGUGGUGGCCCGCCGCCUGGGCCGAGGUUCAGUCAGUGACUGUAGUGAUGGCACAUCAGAGCUGGAGGAACCGCUGGGAGAGGAUCCCCGGGCCCGACCACCUGGCCCUCCAGAUCUGGGUGCCUUCCGAGGGCCCCCGCUGGCCCGCCUGCCCCAUGACCCUGGUGUCUUCCGUGUCUAUCCCCGGCCUCGGGGUGGCCCUGAACCCCUCAGCCCCUUCCCUGUGUCACCUCUGGCUGGGCCUGGAUCCUUGCUGCCCCCUCAGCUCUCCCCGGCUCUGCCCAUGACGCCCACCCAUCUGGCCUACACUCCCUCGCCCACGCUGAGCCCGAUGUACCCCAGUGGUGGCGGGGGGCCCAGCGGCUCAGGGGGAGGCUCCCACUUCUCCUUCAGCCCCGAGGACAUGAAACGGUACCUGCAGGCCCACACCCAAAGCGUCUACAACUACCACCUCAGCCCCCGCGCCUUCCUGCACUACCCCGGGCUGGUGGUGCCCCAGCCCCAGCGCCCUGACAAGUGCCCGCUGCCGCCCAUGGCACCCGAGACCCCACCAGUCCCCUCCUCGGCCUCGUCAUCCUCUUCUUCUUCUUCCUCCCCAUUCAAGUUUAAGCUCCAGCCGCCCCCACUUGGACGCCGGCAGCGGGCAGCUGGGGAGAAGGCCCCAGCUGGUGCUGACCAGAGUGGUGGCAGCGCAGGCGGGCUGGCCGAGGGGGCAGGGGCGCUAGCCCCACCGCCCCCGCCACCACAGAUCAAGGUGGAGCCCAUCUCGGAAGGCGAGUCAGAGGAGGUGGAGGUGACUGACAUCAGUGAUGAGGAUGAGGAAGACGGGGAGGUGUUCAAGACACCCCGUGCCCCACCUGCACCCCCCAAGCCUGAGCCUGGCGAGGCACCCGGGGCAUCCCAGUGCAUGCCCCUUAAGCUACGCUUUAAGCGGCGCUGGAGUGAAGACUGUCGCCUGGAAGGGGGUGGGGGCCCCGCUGGGGGCUUUGAGGAUGAGGGCGAGGACAAGAAGGUGCGUGGGGAGGCGCCUGGGGAGGCCGGGGGGCCCCUCACCCCAAGGCGGGUGAGCUCUGACCUCCAGCAUGCCACGGCCCAGCUCUCCCUGGAGCACCGAGACUCCUGAGGGCUGUGGGCAGGGGACCCGUGUGCCCCCCAACCCCCAUGCUUCUUUUGCUGCCUUAAGCCCCCUGUGCCCUGGAGGUGAGGGCAGCUCUCUUGUCUCUUCCCUGCCUCCUCCCUUUCCCCUCCCCACAUUUUGUAUAAAACUUAAAUUUCUUUUUUUUAAAUGGUGGGGGUGGGUGGGUGCCCAAGGCUAGGGGCUGUUCCCUGUCUCUGUGGGUUUCUAAGCUCUGGGCAAAGUGGUGGUAGCGGGGAGGGAGGGGGAAGUUAAGGGGGCCACCUCCAUUCUGGGGAAUUUAUAUUUGAAUUGAGGCUUUGGCCUUAACACCCAGGAACUUUUUUAUUACAAUCGCUUAGGAAGUAAAGCCUUGUCUCCCUCCCUGUUCUCUGCCUCUUGUACCCCUCUGACCCACCCACUCUGCCCCACUCCCAGCCCUUCUCAGCCCCAGCCCUGCCUGCCCUGCCCCUCCAGGGGGCCAUGAGUGCCUAGGUUUCUCAUACCCCACAAGGUCACAGCAGGGGAGGGAGGGACAAUUUUAUAACGAACCAAAAAUUCCAUGUGUUGGGGGGUGGGGGGCGGAGGAGGGUGAGGGGUGCCGCCCAUGGGCCACAGAUCUCUACAAGUGCCUGCUAUCCCUCUCCCACUCCCCACCCCAGCACCGGUCCAACCCCUUCACCCCCAGCUGCUCCUAGGACUGGCCCAUGGGCAGGCGGGUGGGGGGAUGGCAAGGGGGUACCCUGAAACCAAACUGGAAGCCUCCUCUGCCUCCCAGCUGGGGCCUCUGGAGUGGGGUGGGGGGCUGUGGUCAAGCCUUAUUCUGUAUUGGGGACUGAGGGUGGGGGUAGUAGAGGGGCCGCUGGAGAAUGUAUUCAAAACAAUAAAACUUUGGACCUUUGGA